AUGGAAAGUGUAUGCACAGCUUUAACCAAAUGUUCAGAUCUUUAAAAAGUGGAGCUUUACUUUGGAAACAAUUGUAUAGAUAAUAAAGGAAUAGCAGAUUUAACAGCAUCAUUAGAAAGUUAAACUAAAAUCUCUACUUUAUUGCUUAAUUUCUAUUUAAACAAUAUAGGAGAACUUGGUGCAUAAUGUUUAUCUAAUUGUUUAAUGAAAUUUAAAUAACUUUAAAACUUAGAGCUUAACUUAGGCUAUAAUCAUAUUGGAAAAAUAGGUGCUUAAAGUAUACUUUCUGCUUUAGCUCAUUGUACUAAUCUUUCUACUUUAUCACUAGAUUUAAAGCAUAAUAAAAUAUUUGCAUCGAAUUUGGAUUAAUAAUUGUGCUUAGAUUUAACAAGCUAUGAGAAUUAAUUGAGCUUAAAACUUUCUCUAGAGUAUAAUAGCAGUAAGUAGUUUUACUAAAAUCAAUAAGGAGAAUUGGGUUUUGCAAUUAAUUUUAUAAAUAGCUCAAUAAUUAGAAGUUUGGAUCUUGGUAUAUACUCAAUUAAUGACUAAGAAGCAUAUAAACUUGGUUCUAUUUUGGCAAAUUGCAACAAUUUAGAAACUCUAACUCUCAAUUUGAAGGAUAACUAUCUCUUAUAAGCUUAAGGAGCUUAGAAUUUAUUUUCUGCAUUAAGUUGUUCCUAAACUCUUCAAUCUUUGACAUUAAUGAUGCAACAAGUAAAAAUUGGAAAUGAAGGGUUAGUAAGCUUGUCAAAUUUCCUAAGUAAAUGUCAUUUACUCUCCAAAUUAAAUCUAUAUUUCAAUUUAGAUAAUAUUGGAUUGCAAAGUAUUUAAAGCUUCUAACAUUCACUUUCUAUUUGCUCUAAUCUCUCUGAUAUAGUACUUGAAUUAGCUUAAAUGGAAAAAGAAGGGAUAUUCAUGUUAGGAAACGCUUUUGGAAAUUGCGAAAACUUAUCUAAAAUUGAUAUAAAUUUAGAUUAUAAUCAAAUCAAUGAUGAAGACAUAGAAAAGUUUAGCUAAUCUUUAAUAAAAUGUUCAAAACUCUCAUGGUUACAUCUUAGUCUCAUUGAAAAUUCUUUCGGUUUAAAAGGGGCAUAAAAGCUUUAUGAAAAUUUAGUUCUUUGUACUAAUCUAUCUUCCUUAUACCUAAAACUCGGGAGAAACUAACAUUCAGAGGGAGAUCUUGAUGGAGAACAAAUUGAUUUCGAUAGCUUGACUCAUAUAAUCGCUAGCUCAGAACAUAUUACUCUUUAUGACAUAAGAGCAAAUCAAUAUUUCUACUGA